GCUCGCCAACGCCACCGUCAAGGACGAAUACUCGAAGGAGCCAGCAGCACGGAGCUCGAGGGACGGCACCAGCGCCCCCGCGGGCGGUAGCGACGGGGGUGCGCACAUCAGUUGCCCUGCGCUCAGCUCGCGGUCAGUCGCGGACCUGUGCCUGGCGGCGGAUGACGUGCAGCAGCGUAGUCGGACCAGCAAACUCCGCGAGGAGUGCGAGGAAGCCGAGGGCAGCGCCAUCUUCGAGCCGAAGGAUCAGGGAACUUCCUGGCCGGCUAGCAGCUUGGUCCCCUUCCUGGCCAGGAUGCGCAGUUCAGAGGUGCCAGCAGACGGCUCGCCGUUUCGCGUCGACUGGGACGGCGCGCGCUGGGCGGCCGCCAGAGAGGUAAAGCACCUCGCCAACAGCCCACUUCACAGCGAAGCCUGGCAGCAGCACUACACCUCCCUGGCGCGAGACAGGGGGCCCAGCCCAUUUCGGCACGAGCUCGCAGUGCUCGCUGACUUCCUGGUGGGCCUCGACGCGGGCGCCUUCGCAACAGCCACCAUCGCUAACCUGGCUCACCAGGGCCCAGUCGCGAGCUCGGGCGGCGAGAUGAUUCUCGAGACUGCAGCAGGUGCGAAUGCGGGGGCUUGGCUCGCCCCCAAGCCAGAGGCCAGCGAGUCACCGCGGGGCCGGCGCGAGGGGCACCACCCGGCAGGGAUGGCCCUGCUUGGCCGCCUGGUCAAG